AUGUUUAGCCAGCAAGUCGCCCGCGGUGGGCGGCGAGUCGGCCAGAUGGCUCGAGGCGGGCAGCAGCCGUCGUUUGCUGCGCUGAGACGAGCCGGUCAACGACGAUGCUAUGCUGAUGCUGCGCAAGCCGCGCCCAAAGCCCGAGUCGGACGAGCCCUCGGCCUGCUCCUGUACGGCGCGGCAUUCAGCGGCCUCGGCGCAGCGGCGACGUUCUACGCCAUGGUCCGCCAGGGCUUCGCCUCCUUCACCGACGCCGAGUCGGCCAAGCUCUUCGUGCCCGACACGGAAGACCUGCAGCGCAUCGAGGACACCAUCAACAACCACCCGCUGGUGCAGGAGCUCCGGUCGCGGCCCGAGUUCAAGGAGUCGCGCCCGCACCUCAAGAUGUCCGAGGAGAUCCGCCGGCGCAGCCUGACGGCCGGCGUGCUUCAGGGCGAGGGCAAGAUGGCGGUGCCGCCGCUGGCCUUCAUCGAGGACGGCGGCAAGUCCAUCGUCAGCGUCACGUACGUCGGCGACCGACUGUGCGGGCACCCGGGCCUGAUCGCCGUGACGGCCAGCCUCGAGAUCAACUACCGCAAGCCGACGCAGGCCAACAGCUUCCUGGUGCUGCGCGGCAGGACGGUCAAGGUCGAGGGGCGCAAGGCCUGGGCCGAGGGCCACAUUGAGACGCUGCCGGCGCCGGGCGAGAAGCCGGUUGUACUGGUCGAGGCCAAGGGGUUGUUCAUCUCGCCCAAGUAUGCGGCUCUGAUGCCCCGAAUUACCUAA